AUGGCUUCUGCUUUACAAUUUUUAGAUCUAUACUUGGUGGCCAUUGUCGCCGCGACAGCUGUGGCAAUCACUCUGACCAAUGCUCAAUGGGCCGACAUUCUGAAAAAGUGUCCACAGGAAGAUGGAGAAGAAGUGGUUCAUAUCCCGGAUCCAAACGAUUGUCACAAAUUUUUCAAGUGCAACCAUGGAGUGCCUGUACCGAAAGAGUGUCCAUUAAGUAAUGAUGGAAACUUCAGAUUGUGCUACAACGAGGAACUGCAAGUCUGCGAUUGGCCAUGGAAUGUAACCUGCUGUAAUGGUAGAGAAACUACACCGUCAACCUCAACUUUGCCAACCCCAUCCAUACCAACUUUGCCAACCUCGCCAGGUGGAUCAGAGGAAUGUCCACCGACAGGAUCUGUUAAAAUACCUGACAAAACCGACUGUAGAUAUUAUUUCGAAUGCGAACGAGGACACAAAUCAGAACGCUACAAAUGUCGAGAUGGUCUCUACUUCAAUCCAAUAGUCCAACAAUGCGACCGCCCCACAAAUGUACCAAAUUGCCCGCAGAUCUUUAUUCUGUCUGCAUAG